CUUUUAAAUUAGUAUGCAGAAAAUCAAGUCAACGGGAAUCCUCGCCAAAGGGUUAUUUUAACUCAGACUGUCCUUUCCUGCACUCCCUGGGAGUCCGGGCAGGCUGAUCAUUUCUGCGUCUGGGUGAGCACCACGUGUGGGCGUCAUGGCCCAGGGGAACAACUACGGGCAGACCAGCAACGGUGUGGCCGAUGACUCGCCCAACAUGCUGGUGUACAGAAAGAUGGAAGACGUCAUAGCACGCAUGCAAGAUGAAAAAAAUGGAAUUCCUAUUCGUACUGUCAAAAGCUUUCUUUCCAAGAUUCCUAGUGUCUUCUCUGGUUCAGAUAUUGUUCAGUGGUUAAUAAAGAACUUAACUAUAGAAGAUCCAGUGGAGGCUCUCCAUUUGGGAACGCUAAUGGCUGCUCACGGCUACUUCUUCCCGAUCUCCGACCACGUUCUCACACUCAAGGAUGACGGCACCUUUUACAGGUUUCAAACACCCUAUUUUUGGCCAUCAAAUUGCUGGGAGCCGGAAAACACAGACUAUGCUGUUUAUCUGUGUAAGAGAACCAUGCAAAACAAGGCGAGACUGGAGCUAGCAGACUAUGAAGCUGAGAGUCUGGCCAGGUUGCAGAGAGCCUUUGCCCGGAAGUGGGAGUUCAUUUUUAUGCAAGCAGAAGCACAAGCAAAAGUGGAUAAAAAAAGAGACAAGGUUGAGAGGAAGAUCCUUGAUAGCCAGGAGAGAGCAUUCUGGGAUGUGCAUAGACCUGUGCCUGGAUGUGUAAAUACCACCGAAGUGGACAUUAAGAAGUCAUCCAGGAUGAGAAACCCACACAAAACACGGAAGUCUGUCUAUGGUUUGCAAAAUGACAUUAGAGGUCACAGUCCUACUCACACACCCACACCAGAAAGUAAACCUCCAACAGAAGAUGAGUUACAGCAACAGAUAAAAUAUUGGCAAAUACAGUUAGAUAGACAUCGGUUAAAAAUGUCAAAAGUUGCGGAUAGUCUGUUAGGUUACACAGAACAGUAUUUAGAGUAUGACCCAUUUCUUGUACCCCUUGACCCUUCUAAUCCAUGGCUGUCUGAUGAUACUACUUUCUGGGAGCUUGAAGCAAGCAAAGAACCAAGUCAGCAGAGGGUAAAACGAUGGGGCUUUGGCAUGGAUGAAGCACUAAAAGAUCCUGUUGGGAGAGAACAGUUCCUUAAAUUUCUAGAGUCAGAAUUCAGCUCAGAAAACUUAAGAUUCUGGCUAGCAGUGGAGGACCUUAAGAAGAGACCUAUUAGAGAAGUCCCCUCCAGAGUCCAGGAAAUAUGGCAAGAAUUCCUGGCUCCGGGGGCCCCCAGUGCCAUCAACUUGGAUUCUAAGAGUUAUGACAAAACCACACAGAAUGUGAAGGAGCCGGGACGUUACACAUUCGAAGACGCUCAGGAGCACAUUUACAAAUUGAUGAAAAGCGAUUCAUAUCCACGUUUUAUAAGAUCCAGUGCCUACCAGGAACUUCUACAGGCAAAGAAAAAGGGGAAAUCUCUCACAUCUAAGAGGUUAACAAGCCUUGUUCAGUCUUAUUAAAAGGAUCUUCUCGUAGCAUGGAAGCUGACUGGAGUUUUGCAUACACUCUGUUGUCCUUUUGUUUUACCUGGAACAGAGGACUUUAGACCAAGCAAGAUGUUGCAUGAGCAAAGGACCUGAACUGUUCUUUCUUUGUGCAUAUUGAGAGGCGUUGGCAUCGCCAAGGAACCCAUCAUCGUGAUGCCUCCAUUUCAAUCUGUUGUCUGCUUACUUCUACUUGGUAUUGAGCUGAAUUUGUAUCUUUCCUUUUUACUAAGUUCAAGUGAAGUAAACCUUAUCCCCCCCUUUCUAUUUCUCUUAAAGCUUCUGCUAGAGAUGCAGGUCAUUGAAAAUACAGUCAGUCGUAAACUGGAAGAAUUGUAAGAAAAAAGUAUCUAUCAAUAAGUAUACAUAUGGCUUCACAUUUAUUAAACAAAAAAUUAGUGCAGAAAGUUUCUUCUUACCAGUGUAUUCACAGCCAGAAACAAGUUUAUGUCAUUAUCUGUUGUCUGUAUAUUCUUAGUUAAAGUUUCUCGCAUUUAUUUUUAUACCAUAUUUAAAUAAGAAAUGCUGUUUAUUCCAAAUGUAUUAAAGUUGAUCCCUUCUCUGUAAAUUUGUGUAUGUUUCUAUUGUUGUUUUAUCUUUCAUUAAA